GGCGGCCAGCACCCGAGGCGAGGGUGCACUUCCGAGUGACGAGGUUCAUCAUGGAGGCAGGACCCAGGGGCUUCCCUGGUGGCGCAGUGGUCGAGAAUCCGCCUGCCAAUGCAGGGGACACGGGUUCGAUCUCUCUGGUCCGGGAAGAUCCCACAUGCUGCGGAGCAACACAGCCCGUGCGCCACAGCUACUGAGCCUGCAGUGCUGUAACUAGUGCAGCCGGCGCGCCUAGAGCCCGUGCUCCGCAACAAGAGGAGCCACCGCAGUGAGAAGCCCGCGCACCUCAACGAACAGUAGCCCCCGCUCGCCACAACUAGAGACAGCCCACGCGCAGCAAUGAAGAACCCAACGCAGCAAAUAAAUAAAUAAAUAAAUAAAUAAAUAAAUAAAUAAAUAAAUAAAACAUACAGGGAACUCUGGCAAAUUUAAGUUUAAAAAACAAACAAACAAACAACCCCCUCCCCACAAAAAAAAAAAAAAAACAACAACUAGGAGCCAGGGCGCAGCUUGCGUUUUGAACCCUGCCAGGGCAUCCACACCGUGGUGCUGGGCGCUCCUGCGCCGGAGGCGAGGCGAUGUAGCUAAUUGGAUUCCGGUAGAAACACUUUCUCUGUCAGUAGUGGUUUGCUCAGCUGACAGAUAGUUGUUGCCGGUCUUUGUUACUUUGUAUUCAUUCUGCAGAAGAGGGCGUUGGGUGAGUCCGCUUUCAAGUCAAGGUGGGCAGAGUCUGGGGAAAUAGUGCAGGACCAUUAAUCCCAGUGAUUUGUACAUUUAAUUUCCAGGAAGUUUUGCAAAGUAUAUAAGGAUGGCAGUGCCCCCUCAUAUACCCCAUACAUCUGCUUGGAGGAUCCAUGUAAACCAGGGAAGCAUGCUACCCUUUGAGGGUUUGCUAUAUAAAAAACAAGACUUGGAGGGUCAUGUACAGUAAUACCACCUAAUCUGACAUCUCUGAGAAUGAGGGGUCCCAUGUAGGAACUGUCUAUGAAACUGAAGUUUAAACCUGGAAAUGCUAAAACCUAAAUGCUAAAAGCUAAUGCUAAAAUGUUUUGCAUAUGCCCUUGCCCUCUGUGUGAGGCUAAAUACCGGUCCUCCAAAGAUUUCCCCAUCCUAAUCCCCAGAACCUGUGACUGUUACCUCAUGUAGCAAAAGAGAUUUUGCAGAUGGGAUUAAGCAUCUUGAUGUUGGGGAACUAUCCUAGGUUAUCUGGUGGGCCCAAUAUAAUCACACCCAUCCUUAGAGAGAGAGGCAGGAGGAGGAGACAGGCAGAGGAGAAGGCCAUGUGAUGAUGGAAGCAGAGUUAGAAGAUGCUGCACCGCUGGCUUUGAAGAUGGAGGAAGGGGCUGUGAGCCAAAGAUUGCAGGCGCUUCUAGAAGCUGGAAAGGGCAAGGGAGUGGAUUCUCCUCUGGAACCUCCAGAAGGAACCAGCCCUGCCGACACCUUGAACUUAGCCCCCUAAGACUCAUUUCGGACUUCUGACCACCGGGAUUGUAAGAGAAAAAAGUGUCAAGCUAGGGAUGCGGUCCAUCCCCAUCGCCACCGCCUGUGCCAUAUACCAUAAGUUCUUCUGCGAGAUCGACCUGGACGCCUAUGACCCCUACUUGGUGGCCAUGUCUUCCCUUUACUUGGCCGGCAAAGUGGAGGAGCAGCACCUGCGCACUCGUGACAUCAUCAACGUUUCCAACAGGUACUUCCACCCGGACAGCGAGCCCUUGGAGCUGGACUCACGCUUUUGGGAGCUCCGUGACAGCAUCGUGCAGUGUGAACUGCUGGUACUGCGGGCUCUGCGUUUCCAGGUCUCCUUCCAGCACCCUCACAAGUACCUGCUCCACUACCUGAUGUCCCUCCAGAACUGGCUGAACCGCUACAGCUGGCAGCGGAGCCCCGUCUCCAUCACCGCCUGGGCCCUGCUGCGGGACAGCUACCACGGGGGGCUGUGCCUCCGGUUCCAGGCUCAGCACAUAGCCGUGGCGGUGCUCCACCUGGCCCUGCAGGCCUACGGGGUCGAGGUGCCCGCUGAGGCCGAGGCCGAGAAGCCGUGGUGGCAGAUUUAUACCAUGGACACAGAGAUCCCCUAAGGCCCUGGUCCAGGCCUGCCCAAAGAGAAGUCCGUGACGCUCGGCAGCCUGGGGAUGGCACCGCCACAGGGCCGUGAACGCCAGCCCCCAGAGGACCAGCUGGAAGGGCUGGUGAAGGCGAUGACUGUCCCCGGCAGCCGUGGUCUGGACAGUGGCAGGAGCCACGCCUCCAGCGGGCGGGCUGGGAGUGCACCGCGAGGGGCUGCCGAGGCCAGGCGCCGCGUCUGCUUUUAUCCUUUGAGAGGACCUGACUGCCGUCGAGGGUGACGUCAUCGGAAGGAAGAUCAAAGAAAGGAUGGGACUGAGCCCCUGGGGAUUUUUUAAAAGCCUGAUUUAUAGAAUGAAUGAAUGUGCAACAUAGAUGGAACUUUAUUUUGUGUAAUAAAAGAUACAAAUGAA